UGUUCUACUUGUAUUACUGCUGUGCUCGAAAAACCAAAACGCAUUGCGAUGGACAUUUUUUAUUACUGUUCGGUAUUAUAUUGGGAUUUUUGAGUCCAACAAGUGCAUUGAAUUCGUUUGAAUCGGAGAUACCAUCUGGACAAAGGUCAACAUCACUUCCUACAUAUAUGGAGUUUACGCUGUUUAAUUGGACCAAUUCUGAUGAAGUGCACAAUCCCAAUGUAAAGCCCAUGUUCGCUGAAUUGGGACCGUAUGUGUUUCUCGAACGCAACAAUCCUACAAAUGUUACUUGGAACCGAAAUAAUGGAACGAUUUCAUUUAAUCAAUUGCGAACGUGGGAAUUUAUGUCCCAUAUGUCGAAUGGUUCGUUGGAUGACAACAUAACCAAUUUAAAUGUUCCAUCAGCUAUGGUAGGCUAUACUGUUCGAUAUGAUGGUCCUUUAAUAAAGAUGGGAGUAAACGUUAUGCUGAAUACUUUGGGUGGAAGUCUUUUCAUUACAAAAACGGUCCGCGAAUUAUUAUUUGACGGUUACAAUGAUAGUCUACUUGAUUACUUGAAUUCGACGAACUCAACAGCUUUUCCUGCAAGAAGAUUUUCCAAAUUCGGAUGGCUUUCAAACCGCAAUAACUCAUGGAGCUAUGACGGAACAUUUAACGUGAAUAUCGGAGAAUAUGACAUAUCCAAAAUGGGUACUUUGCAUAUGUGGAAUGGUGCAACGACCACCGAUUCUUUUUCGAAUGGUUGCUCACAAAUCAAUGGAACAUUUGGAAAACUAUGGCCGCCCAAUUUAAAUUCUGACGAUGACAUUACACUUUUCAUGCCCGACAUGUGUCGAUCAAUAACCCUCGCACCGGAAAAUCUUACAACUCGAAACGGUGAAGCAGAAGAAGCGAACUGGAUUGGUGACGGAAGAGUUUUCGACAACGGUGAAAACUAUUCGCCCAACACAUGCUUCUGUACGGGAUCGGAACCAAGUUGUCCCGAUCUAAAAUCCGGUGUAUUAAAUGUUACUGAUUGUCAUUUCAACUGGCCCGCGUUCGUGUCAUAUCCACAUUUUUAUUUAGCUGAUCGAAGUUAUACUGAUCAUGUUGACGGUAUGAGUCCUAGUAAGGAUAAACAUGCAUUUUCGAUCAAAUUGGAUGCGAAUAAAGGAGUACCAGUGGAAAUAAAUGCAAGGUUACAAAUGAAUGUUUUGUUGCAACCAAUCAAUGGAUUAACGAUAUAUGAAAACGUUCCACAUGUUAUGGUACCAAUGUUUUGGUUUACUCAAAAAACCGGAUAGGCUGCUGUGCUUCACCAUCUCUAGAAUAAGCGAAUGUACGGCGUCCCAUAUAACGGAUUAUUCAUAUUAAUGGGAUGGUAAAGUUCUUUCUGAUGUUUAAAAAAAAAACAAUAAAUCAGUUUUGAUUAAGAAUAAAAUCAAUGU